AAAAGUAAUAUAGAUCCGCGGAGGACAAUUGGGAAAACAACUAAGGGUAUCUUCUCCCAAAGUUGAAAAACCAGUUUGAAUCCUUAGUCAAUUCUCUUAAACCAGCAAAUCAACGCAGAGAAGACUGUUUGGAUGCGUUCAUCUCGUAACCAAAAAAGACAUCAAGGCAUGAGUGAGAGAGAGAGUGAGAGAUAUUGGCACUGACCCAUUUAAAAAUGAGAAAAAACAAAUAGUCUUCUCAAACACUGGCAAAGAGGCAGAGAGAGAUCAGUCAACAAAAUACUGCUUCCUACUAUUCAUUAAUAGAUCGAAGUUUUCUAGAAAGCAAAUCAACUCAAACAGAGAAGCAUCACCUUCCUUAAAAGGUGGGUAGGAGUGGCACAUCCAGUCGUGCUCUGCAGUCUGCUGCAAUGGAUUCUCUCCCUUUAAAUCUCUCCAAGCCCAUCAGAUCGGCAGCCAUAGCCAACAGAUUACACGCCCUUAUUCACUCCAUAGCCUUAGCCUCCUUCAUAUAUUACAGAGCAUCUUCUCUGCUCUCCUCUGCCACAAACAGAUCAACCUCUCAAAACAGAGCACCUGUUUCGGAGCUUUUGAUCUUUGCUUCUGAGCUGCUUCUCUCCAUCCUCUGGCUCCUCAACCAAGCUUUUCUAUGGCUUCCCAUUUCCCGGGUCGUCUUCCCUGAGAGAUUACCGGCUGACGAAAAGCUGCCGGCCAUCGACGUUUUCGUGGUCACUGCGGAUCCGAGGAAGGAGCCGCCGCUGGGGGUCAUGAACACUGUUCUGUCAGCCAUGGCGCUCGAUUACCCGCCGGACAAGCUAUCGGUGUAUCUCUCCGACGACGGGGCUUCUCCCUUGACUUAUUUCGCGGUUCAGGAGGCGUGGGUGUUUGCGAGGUCGUGGCUUCCGUUCUGCCGGAGGUAUGGUAUUCAGUGCCGGUGCCCGGAGGCUUACUUUUCAGAUCCGGAAUAUGAUGCUGGCAGUUUCAGCAACAGAGAUUUUUUGGAGGCAAGAGACAAGAUCAAGAUGAAGUAUGAGUUGUUCAAGGAGCAAUUGAUGAGAGCUGAAGAAGAUGAUAAGAAGACGAAUGGUGUAUGUCGUCCUCCGGUGGUCCAGGUGAUGAACAAUUGCACUACUGAUGCACCAGACACUGAACGAGCAGAGAUGCCUCUUCUUAUCUAUGUUUCCCGUGAGAAAAAACUUAGUCAUCCUCACCAUUUCAAAGCUGGAGCUCUUAAUGUCCUUCUUAGAGUCUCGGGCAUCAUCAGCAAUGCUCCCUACAUACUUGUGUUAGAUUGUGACAUGUAUUCCAAUGACCCAACUUCUGCCCGGCAGGCCAUGUGCUUCCACCUUGAUCCUAAGAUGUCUCCUUCCCUAGCUUUCGUACAGUUUCCUCAAGCAUUCCAUAAUGUCAGCGAGAACGACAUCCAUGGCGGGAGCAUAAGAAAUGUAUUUGUGGUAAAAUGGCCUGGUAUGGACGGGUUGAGGGGACCGUGUUUAUCUGGCACAGGCUUUUACAUGAAGAGACAUGCAUUGUAUGGUGGCGUUAGAGCGGAAGGAGUUGAGGAUAUCCAUCAACUUAAAGAAUCAUUUGGUUCUUCAAAUGAUUUCAUCAAAUCAAUUCGCCAAGGUCAUCAAGGAUUUAUCAUGGACACUAGAAAUUCGUCAAAUGCAAUGCUUCGAGAGGCAGUGUAUUUAGCAUCUUGCACCUAUGAAAAACAAACUCGAUGGGGUGAACAGAUUGGUUUCCUAUAUAAUUCUGUGGCAGAAGACUACUUCACCAGUUUCAUUUUGCACUGCAACGGAUGGGCUUCUGUAUAUUGCAAUCCUCCAAGGCCAGCAUUCUUGGGUAGUGCAACCAUAAAUUUCAAUGACUCAUUAGUUCAAAACACAAGAUGGAGUACUGGGUUGCUCGAAGUUGGGCUAUCAAGGUUUUGCCCCUUAAUUUUUGGGUCACUAAGAAUGUCUAUUCUUGAAAGCAUGUGUUAUGCAUCCCUUGCAUUUUAUCCCCUCUACUUCUUCCCUUCAUGGUGUAUAGCUAUCAUCUCUUCGCUAACCCUAUUAAAUGGCAUCCCCAUGUAUCCAAAGGUUUCAAGUUCAUGGUCCAUUUUAUUUUUGUUCAUUUGCCUAUCUUCCCUCUUGGAACAUCUAGCAGAAGUAUACUUCACUGGAGGAUCGAUUUGCGUAUGGUGGAAUGAAGUGCGAAAUUGGAUGAUAAAGUCAGCAACAUCUAAUUUUUUUGGAAGUUUGGAUGUUAUGUUGAAAAUGGUUGGCUUGAGACAAUCUAGUUUUUUGCCAACAAAUAAAGUUGUCAAUGAGGAACAGGUUAAGCAAUACCAAAGGGACAUAUUUGAUUUCCAAACAUCAACCAUGCUUCUUGCUCCAUUAGUAACAUUGGUCAUUUUGAACAUGGUUGCUUUCUUCGUUGGAGUUGCUCGAAUGAUCAUUGCUGGAAGUUGGGAUGAGCUACUUGGGCAAGUUCUUCUCUCAUUUUUCAUCUUAUUGGUGCUUUACCCUGUAAUUGAAGGGAUGGUAUUGAGGAAGGACAAUGGACGCAUCCCACCUGACGUUACAUUUUUAUCUGUUUUGUGCACGAUCAUUAUCUUGUCUUUGGGUUCUAUUGUUUUCAUGUGGUGAAAUGAGGUCAAGCAUCACAUAAUAAGGGUGCCCAAUUCAUGUAGAAGGCGGAAGUUUUUUGUGUUGAUUUGUUGGGUCCAAAUUUAAUUUUAUGCCAAUGUUGUAAUGUUAUUGCUAAUUCAAAACAUGCAAGUUCAAAGCAAA